AUGGACAACUCGGAAACUAUGUCUCAUCAUGGUUCACUCGUCCCCAACAAUGAAACCGAACCAGCUCCUAUUUUGAAGUACAGUAAACGUUUACAUAAGGACACCUCGAUGGAUUCACAAGCUGUAGCCUCUACCAGUCAAAACUCGGAAGACUUUAAGUACCUAUCCCUUCGACCUCGUCAUGAUUCGAAAUGUGAUGUGAAUGGCAUUACAUCAUCCAGCCAGCCCCAGCCGAAAUCUGAUACAAUUGUGCCUCUUUCGCAUACGCAAAAGACUGUGCCCGCCGUCAUCCGAAAUCUCGCGGGUGAAGUUAUAUCAAAAUAUACCUACAAUGAGUACAAGCCUACGAACCCGAUAGUUGUCACCGGCUUUUCUCGUCAGCGCGCACCGGAGAGUAUCGAACUUCCCCCUUCAAGGGCUAAUGAGCCAGUAGAACCGUGGAGAAUCUUUCCUCCGCCAGCGAAUUCUGCCUUUACAGGAAUAGAAAAGGUCGAUAAGUACGAUCCACAACAAUAUGAUACUUUCGAUGUGGCUCUUGAUGGAGCUGAGCUUGCCAUCAAAAAUACACCAUCUCCUAAAAAGCUUGUAUCUGCUGCAACUAAGCGUACUAGAAGACCAUCGAUCGGUGAAAUGGUGGCCACUGAAAUAGACUUUACACAAAAGGCAUGGGUACAAGAUGAUCCUUCAUGUGUUGGUGAAAUCUACACUGUAGAGGAACUAAAGGCUGAUUUUGUCAGAAAUGCAAACGAAGGGGCACCCAUCGAAUACUGCAAGAAAUGCAAAAAGACACAUAUCCCACCUGGACCUCCAAUCACACUCGCAGAUCGGGAUAUAUGUGGCGCAUACCUACCUGACUGGUUUCCGUCAGAGGGAAUUCAUAGGCCCUGGGAUAAUUUUAGGAACAUGAUGAAUGAUUGGAUCAUUGGGAGAGAAAUUGAGCUAGGCUAUGAUGAUCAUAAAGCGAGGAACCCCAGACGUAAUCUAUGGAACCUGGAAUUUCACUGGGAUAGCGAAGAAUGGAAGCAAAUUGGGCGACGUAAUGGAAAGGGGGGCUGGUGGAAAUGUAGGAAAGGACCAAGGGCCACCCCAGCUGAAAGAUCUUGUCGAGUCUGUACCUCCAGUCAGGCAGUGUAUAGAGACCAUGAAGUAACAGCCUAUAAACUCAAGCCUUCUGCGUCGCAGAGCAGAGCGAAUAUUGAGAACUGGAUAACAGAAAGAAUCAAGGCAGUUGGGCUUGACGAUAAGGAAGCUGUCCUUGCCAUGUGGCGCGAAAAUGGCAUUCUACAACACUAUGGGCCACCAAUUUCGAGGAAUGGAACGUACCCCCUUACUGAGGGAGCACGCCCAGUCACAGGUGUAUCGUCAUUGGGACCACGAACCUUUCUUCCUCCAGAGCAAAUGUUCUCGGAAAGAUUGUUCAGGGGCAACGGUCUACAAUCUGCAGGUUCUCAGAGUUUUGAUGAAGAUUUUGAACUCGAAGAUUCAACUGGUGAUAUAAACUCGCCUCUUUCUUCCAAUAAUUCCCCUUCGCCGAAUCAAUCUGGGGUCCCCAAAAUUAUCGUGACGGAUAGUGCAUUGGGCUCAUCCUCUUCUUCGCAAGAUCCACCUUUCAAUAAAGCUUCAUCUACACGGCCUACUACAGUUAGAGCCAAUACAAGUGCUUGA